GCCUCCUACAUCUAUCUGACACUGACCGACAUCAUGGGCGCCAUCUACAGCCGCUUCUUUACAAGACUUACUCUCCCUCCAUUCUCUGCUCUUAAUGGAAAAACUAUCCUUAUUACCGGGGCAAACACUGGCCUGGGUCGCGAAGCCGCCCGCCAUGCCCUAACCCUCGGUGCCAAUGUCAUUCUGGGUGUGCGCUGUGUUUCAAAGGGCGCUGAAGCAAAGAAGGAUAUCGCAUCAGGUAUCGUCGCCGGAGAUUCCCGAGUACACGUGUGGCCUAUCGAUCUGGAAUCAUUCGCUAGCGUCAAGGCCUUCGCCGCCAGGGCGCGUGAAUACGUUGCCUCCGGUGGCCGGUUGGACUUUGCAAUCAUGAACGCAGGUCUUGCAUCGGUAGAAUGGGCGACGACAGGAGAUGGAUGGGAACGAGGACUACAAGUCAACGAUUUAUCGACCGCACUUCUGAGUCUGGAGUUAUUGCCGCUGCUGCUUCAAGCGAAAGAGCAAGACCCUGCGUCGCAGCCACACUUGACGCUCCUUGCGAGCGACAUCCACAAGAAUGCGCGAUUCCCCGAGCGCGACGCUGACAAUAUCCUCAAAGCGCUGAAUAGUCACGACGAGUGGAAAAAGUCCCAGGCUCUGGCUGGUCCGACAGAGCGCUAUGCGAUCACGAAGCUGCUGGACAUUUAUAUCACCAAGGAGCUGGCGCGACUGGUCCCGCGAGACGAGAAUGGGGAUCCGCUUGUUAUUGUGAACUGUGUCGCUCCUGGAUUCUGCAAGUCGAAUCUGCUGUCGAGGGAGGAGAAUAUCCCGUUCAUGAUCAAGAUUGUGCAGGCUGUUGUUGCGAGGACGAUCGAGGAGGGCAGCAAAACGCUUGUUCAUGGUGUGACGCAGGGAGCAGAGAGUCAUGGGCAGUGGCUCGAGGACCAGGUUAUUAGAGAUCCUGGUAAUAUGGUGUCUGCGCCGGACUUGGUGCUGGCACGAGAGAAGCUGUGGAAGGAGAUUGUUGCAGUCUUGAAGGAGGUUGACCCUGAUAUUCGCACGGAGUAUUGAGUAUUUUUAAAUGUUUUUUAUUAUUUUAGGAGCGUUUAUCAUUGUUGUUAAGUCUGCAUUUAGGAGUUAAGGCUACCAUCAAGGCUGCCAUUAGCAUUCUCAUAUAAAUAUUACCAGAACUGUCUAUAAAAUCAUCGUAAUAUAUUCAAUCUCCC